UCUCAAUUCAGAUUCGAUAAAUAGUAAACUCAGUUCAUCAUGAUGUUUAAACCACGCUUUUCGUUGAGAUUCCUUCUGAUCUGUGCGACAAUCUUUUCUAACUCACUUUCGGGAGAUGCCUUUAGACAGAAGACGGUGUUUCAGAGGAUAUCGACAGAGGAAAAGUUCUCCACGUUCAAUUCUUUAUUGCAGAACAGUUCGCUGGUCAGAAGGGCCAUCAUUUACUGGAACACGACGGUUUUUGUGCCGACGAAUGAGGCUUUUGCGAAGUUUAAAGGUGCCUUGUAUAACGACAUAGUGUACUAUCACGUUUCUAAUGAGUUGAAGAGUUUGAGGAUGAUUUUCGAGUCGAACAACAUUCAGACUUUGGCUGAUGGUUAUCCACCCCUGUGGGUGUCAAGGAUCGACAGUGAUAUAUUCAUCAACAACGCAAAGAUUGAUGCUGAGCAAUCGGAUUAUUAUUCAAGAGCCUCAGGAGGUUUCUAUAAUUAUAAUCAGGCUCUUCACAUCAUCGACCAGGUACUAGAACCACCAAAUAAGUACCUCGACAAUCCCUCAGCUCUAGACAUCAUAUCGAACUACACAAACAAUAGAUACCUCUCAACCAAAAAAUACUUGGAUAGGAUAAAGAGCCUAAAACUCACCAAACUCUUCAAAAAUAACACCGGUAGCACGUAUUUUGUACCUGUAGAUGCCGGUUUCGACGACUAUCGCUACAGAAUAACCGACAGGUAUAUUGUAGAAGGCCACAUCAUACCAAACCAAGUACUCUUCACCAGACCGACCAUAAAAAACUUCUAUUUCGAGACUAAGUCUAAUGGUGAAUAUAUUUACAUACUGGUAUCCUUCGUUUACAAGAACAAAGAACUGUACAUAAGGAGUAAUACGAUUUUGGGAGAUAGUAAUCAUCACAAGGGUGAACUUUGGUCCAAGGUCUUGAAAGGGAACAUACCAGUAAAAAACGGAGUGGUACACUUGAUCGAAAAACCUUUGGCCAUCUUCGAUCUCCAGUUGAACCCCUUCCCAUUCCUUCCAAUUCUAACAAAGCUGUCUGGGGAUCCAGAACUCAACAUCACUUUCCAUUUGGGUGAAAAAACAGAGUUUAACGAAUACCUCAGAAUGAAGGCUAAUAAUUUAUUGACCUUUUUCGUGCCUCGUGAUAGGGCCUGGAAUGGCGUCUUGAGUAACAUAACUGAUGUUGAGAGUCUUGGAAAACUCCUUGGAAGACACUUGAUUAUUUCCGAUAUGAGGUAUACCUUGGAAAAACUUUGGUACCGAACUUUCAACAAAGUGGUUACAAUGAAUACAGUUAGUGGAGCUGUUGACAUAGAAGUGUUGAAGGACAGUGAUGGAAAUUACAGUAUAUUGUACUACAACAAACGUAUCAAAGUGCAUAGACCGGAUUAUAUUUGUACCAACGGUAUCAUACAUAUAAUAGAUGAACCGUUCAUAGAUAUCAGGGAGAAGAAUGCAGGAAAACUCAAAAUGAAUUUCUGGAAAACUGUGGAGGAUUUCGUAUUUUGAUUGGGAUAAUAUUGUAAAUAUCUAGAAAUAUGUACAUAAUGUGAUUGUUGCUAUUAUUGACUUGUUUAUUUUCGAAUAAUACACUUUUUUUAAUAA